AUGUUCGUUCCGGGGAAACCCAAGAUCAAAACGAGAACCGUCCUCGUGAAGAAAGCACCCGCCCCCACAGCGAACCCCUCACCAUCACCGCACACAAGACCAGGCAACGGCACACGCAGCUAUAGCGCAUCAGGGCCGCCAUCGAACCGAUACCAGUCCACCCCUCGUUCACAAACAGCCGCACGGGAACCUGCGCGCAAGUCGGUAUCCGUGUCGCGUGUCGACACUCGCAAGCGUAAAGGCACCGAUACACCGCAAUGGGCGAGCAGCGAUGAGUCGAGUGAUGAUGAGGAUAGUGAUCGACUGGGCGUCAAGCGACGGAAGACACGGCCAGCGAGUACCAGCACUGAGCCUAUGAGUCUGAACCGCGCACUCGAGCCGGACUUGAAGAGACGUAUACGGAUACAAGAACCAGAUGCAAAGGCGAAAUCGAACGGAAGUGUGAACGGGACAUCGAAUGGGACUGAAAACGGCGCCUCAGAUGGCACAUCGGAUAUGAUGAAGAUGGCGCAGGAAAACGCCGCCUUUAGAAAGAAGAAAGCUGUGUCGGGGAAGAGCACUUUAAAACACGGGUUCGAGAUGACAAAAGAUGAUGGAGCGAAGGCCUACAAGUCCGCCUUCCCCGGUAGCGAAAAGAAGUUCGCCAUCGAACUCCAAUACCCAAGCCUAUCACGACCCGAGAAAUUCGAAGCUGUAGCCCGGAAAGAAGUAGACGAGGAAUAUAGUCCACUAGACGACAUCUAUUUCAGCAUAGAAGAAAUCAUCCAGCACUACCUCCCACCCGAUCUCGCCGCCGAGCUCUCGUCCGACGCCCUCGGCACCGUUCGUCUCCUCAAGCGCGCCGUAACAAAAGACGACCCAGAACUCUUCAAGCAAGAACUCGCCAAGUUUAACAAGCUGAUCAAAGACCAAUAUGCCAACGGCACAAUACCCCGGAUUCUUGACGACAUGCACGCCAUUCCCCUCAGCCUCGUCAAACGCAUCACAGCACAAUCUUACAACCGCAUCGUCUCCCCACACGCACACCGCCUACGCAAAGUCGAAGGAAAAGAAACCACCUACGGCGAACUCCUCACGCCUUUUGUUCACAAAAUCUUCGCACAAACGGGGUUAAACAGUACGCAUACGUUCGUCGACCUAGGUUCCGGCGUCGGCAACGUCGUCCUACAAUCCGCGCUCCAAACGGGCGCCGAAUCCUGGGGCAUUGAAAAGAUGAAACUGGCAGCCUCGCUCGGCUCGGAACAAGCCGCCGAGCUCAAAGCACGCAGCAAACUCUGGAACAUUACCCUCGGCCGCAUCGAGCUUAUCGAAGGAGAUUUCCUCGAAAGUCCGGAGAUUGAUGAAGUUUUGCGCAGGGCCGAUGUUGUGCUGGUUAACAACAAGGUCUUUGGGGAGACGCUGAACAAUUUGCUGCUGCAGAAGUUUUUGGACCUCAAACAGGGUUGUAAAGUUGUUAGUCUGGAGAGCUUUGGUGGCGGUGCGAAACAGGGGGUUAGGAAUGAACAGAGCAUUGCGGGAUUGUUUGAUGAGGAGAGGUUUGAGAGCGGGACUAAUAGUGUUAGUUGGGCGGGGGAGAGUGUCGAAUAUUUCAUUGCGGAGAAGGCGAGGUGA